ACCGACGACUCUCGUCAUGCUCCCAGAAUUAAACUUCGAGCAUUGGGUUCUAUUUGUUUCCUCCAACUGUUGACAACAGGAAACACACAAAAGGCUACACUCGCUGACUUUUAGAGAGAGUACAGUAAAGGACUUCAAUUAAAUCUCUUGGGAAUGGAUCCUGUGUGAAAGCAAGAAGCUAUUGUGAUAAACAUGGCGUCUCACAGCUCCAAGAGGUGUGCGACUGUGAAGAAAAAGUUUGUUCCUAAGACAAAGCCACCUGAACCUGUGGUAGAAUACGUUACACCUGGGGGCUAUGAGCUGGAGAAGAUCCUUAACCGUGACUGCAUGGAGUACACUCAUAUCAACCAGGUCUGGCCCAACGUCUGGAUUGGAGAUGAAGAGAGUGCCAAAGACAAAUACAACCUGAAGAAAUUGGGCAUGACCCACAUCCUGAAUGCAGCAGAGGGGACGUGGAAUAAUGUGGACACGGGAGCGGAGUACUACAGCGACAUGGACGUGGUCUACUAUGGGGUCGUGGCGGAGGAUACUCCAACCUUUGACCUUAGCCAGUACUUCUUUUCUGCAGCCCAGUUCAUCGACCAAACACUCAACAUACCUGAAAAUAAGCUGCUGGUGCACUGUGUGAUGGGGAGAAGUCGGUCAGCCACCCUGUUCCUGGCCUACCUGAUGAUCUGUAAGAACAUGACGGUGGUGGACGCCGUGGACCACGUGAAGCGACGCAGGCGUAUCAUCCCCAACUGGGGCUUCCUGAAACAGCUCAGGCAGCUGGACACUUACCUCUUAGAACAGAGGGACGAAGUGACGACUGUCAAGGGAAAAGGAGAAGAAAAGGACAAGGAAAGAGAGGAGGAUGAAUAGAAGGAUCAAAUGUGAUCGAUGCACCCUGAGAAAAGGGAAAUGUAUUUAAUUUAGAUCAUUUGGUUCCACAAGAAAUGUGUACAGUGAAAAAAAUAGUCAAACAAGUAGGUUUCCUAGUACUUCAAAAAUACUGUACUCCAAAUGUACUUCAAAUUUAAAAGAGUUAAGUGGAUAUCCACAGUUCAAACAAUAAAGCAAUAACAAAGCAACACUUCUGCCACGUGUUUUGGUAAACUGCUAAGGGAAGGGGGCCGAGAAAUUUGAACACUCAAAUUUAUAGACAAGAGCUACAGAGCUGCUAUCUAAAUUUGAUCACUUUGUCGUAAAUAAUUUUCCUGCACAGCAGGAAAUGCAAAUUGUAAAGGUAUCUAAAGUCAGUAAUUUCCACUAACAUUUCAGACUUGAUUUUCCCUAACCAAAAAAUGUAUCAACCUCUAGAAAAAUGUCCAUUAAUUAAAAUACACAUAAUUCACAUUUCCUGUUGCUGCAGGAUUAUUUUCCUGUGAGAAGCAGGGUCAGAUAAAGAUCUUGUAUCCAUACACGUAUACUGACAGACCAUCCAUGAAAUCAGAACCAGUUUUAACCAUGUUUUGAAGCGGUGUUAACAUUGACUUUUGUUUACAAACAUUUGGAGUAAAACAUGCUUAUAUUUUGGGUUGUAAUUGGGUACAACUAAGGUCAUGAGGCAUUUAAGUUAUAUUAUUCAAUAAUCCAUGGCUAUACAUCACACAGUGAAAACAUGUAUGCAAUCAACUGCAGAUUUCCUCUUUAAACUAAAUGCUCAAGUUUUAUAAAUAAGACAUUGCCUUGCCUAGUCUGUCGUUGAACAUUUUGAACUUCAAAUCUCCCAAUAAAUCUGAAGUUAAGUCAGUUGUCAAUGGAGUUAAAUCA